AUGGCUGACCCUUCCAUGUAUCACAUGGCCCAAUCUGCUGAGGACCCUUCUAAUCAGCACCCAACCGGCUAUCCUCCUACGGCGCCGCAACCUGGAGCUGUUAACCCCAAUGCCUCGCCUAAUCAGUGGUCCACAUAUGGAUCUCCGCAAUCGCAAUCGCAACCACUACAGCCCUACCCCGGUCAACCAGCCGGCAUGUAUAAUGCCGCACAGCAACCAAUCGCUGCUACCGCCGACCCGAAUAUGGCGGGCUUAGCCUCUCAAAUGGGUGGGUUGGGGAUUGCAGGAGAUGCUGGAGCUGCAGCUGGCGGAAGAGCACACAAGAAGAAGCACCGUCAUGCCUACCAUGAUAUUGGAACAGGAUCUGCCGCUGCCGCACAACCUAUGGGCGGUGCUAUGGGGGCUGGAGUGGCCGGGGUUGCUCAACCCACGUCUCAAUUCCUCAAUACAGGCUUGAACCAGGCUCCUCAGCCGGUGGCUCCAAUGGGAGGCGCUCAGUUUGGACAGCCCGGACAACCGUCAGCAGGAUUUACUUCGCAGCCCGGUCUUCAGGACGGUGCUGGAUCGGUGGCCACACAAGGUCGAGUUGACCCUGAGCAGAUUCCCAGUAUCCCUCGUUCACGCGACAUCCCCGCCCAAUACUAUUUCAACAAUGUAUACCCGACGAUGGACCGACACCUCCCUCCUCCCGCGGCGAUUCCCUUUGUUGCUCAAGACCAAGGCAAUUCCUCACCGAAGUAUGCCCGCUUAACCCUCAACAACAUCCCCGCAACAUCAGACUUCCUUUCCCAGACCGGCUUGCCACUGGGCAUGAUCCUACAACCGCUUGCGCCCCUCGACCCUGGCGAGCAACCGAUCCCUGUUCUUGAUUUUGGGAGUGAUGGUCCUCCGCGAUGCCGACGAUGCCGCACCUACAUCAACCCCUUCAUGGCCUUCCGAUCGGGCGGCAGCAAGUUUGUUUGCAAUAUGUGCACGUUCCCGAAUGAUACCCCUACCGAAUACUAUGCGCCGCUUGACCCAACUGGUGCACGCGUAGACCGUAUGCAACGACCUGAAUUGAUGAUGGGUACCGUGGAGUUCUUGGUGCCCAAGGAAUACUGGAACAAGGAACCUGUGGGAUUGCAGACUCUGUUCUUAAUUGACGUGAGUCGCGAGUCCGUUCAUCGGGGCUAUUUGAAGACCGUCUGUGAUGGUAUCGCAGAGGCAUUAUAUGGCGAGGAUGGUACGGCAGAUGGCACUGAAGGAGGAGAAUCCCGGAAAUUGCCAGCUGGAUCGAAGGUUGGCAUUGUCACCUUUGACAGAGAGGUGCAUUUCUAUAACCUUACGUCCACAUUUGACCAGGCGCAGAUGAUGGUGAUGACUGACUUGGAAGAGCCAUUCUUACCAUUGAGCGAGGGUCUUUUCGUUGAUCCGUACGAGUCAAAGUCAGUCAUUACUUCUCUAUUAAGCCGGAUACCUAGUCUUUUCGCCAAUAUCAAGAAUCCCGAGCCAGCCUUACUCCCGGCGCUGAAUGCUGGUCUUUCAGCCCUGCAAGCAACGGGUGGAAAGAUUAUCUGCUCGAUAGCCAGCUUACCCACGGCGGGUCCUGGGCAGUUGACAGUGCGCGAGGACCCUAAAAUCCACGGGACCGAUGCGGAACGCAAAUUAUUCACCACAGAUAAUCCUGCCUGGAAGAAGACAGCCAGCCAACUGGCCGAAGCUGGCGUUGGCGUUGAUUUCUUCAUUGCGGCACCUGGUGGAGUGUAUAUUGAUGUGGCGACUAUCGGACAUGUCUCGGCUACUACUGGAGGAGAGACCUUCUUUUAUCCCAACUUCCAUGCUCCUCGUGAUAUUGAAAAAGUACGGAAGGAGAUUGCCCAUACUGUCAAUCGAGAGACAGGUUACCAAGCUCUGAUGAAGGUGCGCUGCUCCAAUGGUCUCCAGGUUUCCUCUUACCAUGGAAACUUUGUGCAGCACGCUCUGGGUGCCGAUCUUGAAUUUGGUGGUGUCGAUGCCGACAAGGCCAUUGGUGUGAUCUUCAGCUAUGAUGGAAAACUCGAUCUCAAGCUGGAUGCCCAUUUCCAGGCUGCGCUGCUGUACACAUCUGCGGAUGGCCAGCGACGAGUUCGUUGCAUCAACGUUGUAGCUGCAGUCAAUGAGGGUGGCAUGGAGACAAUGAAAUUCGUGGACCAAGAUGCUGUGGUUGCAGUCAUCGCUAAGGAGGCGGCCACAAAGACACUGGAUAAGUCACUCAAGGAUAUUCGGGCUAGUAUUUCCGAGAAGAACGUCGAUAUCUUCAGCGGAUACCGAAAGGUCUUCUCUGGGUCCCAUCCUCCCGGUCAGAUGAUCUUGCCAGAAAAUUUGAAGGAGUUUUCGAUGUACAUGCUGAGCUUGAUCAAAUCGAGAGCAUUCAAAGGUGGCAACGAAUCAUCAGACCGUCGGGCUCACGACCAGCGUUUGCUACACUCAUUUGGUUGUACCGAACUCUCCCUUUACCUCUACCCCCGCAUUCUCGCUAUCCACAACAUGCAGCCGGAAGAUGGGUUCCCGAACGAACAUGGCCAACUUCAAGUCCCACCAACUCUACGUGCCAGCUACUCCAAAAUCGAGGAGGGCGGUGUCUACUUGGUAGAUAACGGACAGGCUGUGCUAUUGUGGCUCCACGCACAGGUCUCGCCCAAUCUACUGGAAGACCUGUUCGGGCCCGGUCAAAAUGAUCUCCGUGAACUCAGUGCCAACAUCUCCUCUCUCCCAGUAUUGGAUACUCACCUGAACGCUCAGGUCCGCAACCUUCUCCAAUACUUCGCAAGUGUACGUGGGUCUAAAGCCGUGACCAUCCAAUUGGCCCGCCAAGGCAUGGAUGGUGCAGAGUACGAAUUCGCCCGAUUGCUCCUGGAAGACCGGAAUAACGAAGCCCAAAGCUACGUGGAUUGGUUGGUGCAUACCCACCGCCAAAUCAACUUAGAGUUAGCCGGUCACCGCAAGAAGGAAGAAUCCACGAGUGAGGGUGCGUUGUCUAGUUUAUCGGCAAUGCGAGCGCCAUAUUGGUAA